AUGUCCGGAGAGAUUACUGCCUCACCCCCAACGCGACUCGGCGAUGCGGAACUGGGUAAAGAUGCUGAAGAGUCCAGGUGCGACGACGCGCCUGCACCAAGCCCGCUCGAAUACACAUCCUUCACGCAGUCGCAGCGGCGGCGACUACGGCCGGUUCUUGGGUUGGCAGCUAUCACGUCACCCUUGACCGCGACCAUCUACUUCCCACUUCUUCCUCUGCUGCGCACACAGUUCAGUACCACAGCGCAGGCUAUCAAUCUCACAAUAACCCUCUACAUCAUCUUCCAAGCCAUUUCACCCGUCAUAUUCGGACCACUGUCUGAUGUUCAUGGCCGGCGACCCUACUUCCUGGCCACUCUGGCCCUGUACGUCAUCGGCAACUUGGGACUAGCUCUCAACAAGCGCAACUAUACAGUCCUCUUAGUUCUGCGUGCGAUACAGAGUCUCGGGGCCAGUGCAGCGUACGCCAUUAGUUUCGGUGUCGUUGCAGACGUCUGCGUGCCUAGCGAACGAGGACAGAUGCUAGGCCCAAUCAGCAUGGCCAUGAAUCUGGGCACUUGUGUAGGUCCAGUCGUAGGAGGCGUCGUGGCACACACAAGUGGAAACAUCAAUUGGGUAUUCUGGGCCCUGUUCAUUGUCGGCGGAGUCUUGCUCGUCGGCGUGGGCGCGCUCCUCCCCGAGACAGCUCGCAACAUGGUCGGCAAUUGCAGUGACAAGUCUGGAUACAAGUGGUGGCAAUACAGCUGGGUAGGCCUUUUACGAGGACGGAUCAAGGUAAAAGCAGCAAAGAGACUGAAUGAAGGAGGUUUGACUCCAGUGUCUCCAGCGGCAGCUCCAUGCCAGACGACUAAGCGGAAGUACGGACUGUCUAACUUGCUCGCCUGCUUUCGCAUCAUCUUCUAUAGGGACACGUUCCUCACCUUAUGGGUUCACGGAUCGUUCUACACAGUGGGCUACUGCUUCGUUGCAGCGGGUCCAGACAUCUACAAAGAUAUAUACCUUUGGAAUGAGCUUUACAUUGGCUUAUCGUACCUUCCACGUGGCAUUGGCACCAUUGCCGGGGCCUACUUUACCGGAAAGAUGAUGGACUACAACUACUGUGCCGUUGCUCGCAGCAUCGACUGGACCAUCGACAAGCACCUUGCUAGUGGAUUCUUUCCCUCAAAGUCCAAGCACCGCCGCAGCUGCUACGAGCAUCACACGCUGCGCCAUGGCCGCGACAGGAGUUGCGGUCUUAGAACCAUUGCGGAACGCAGCUGGUAG